CAUGGGGAGAGGAGAGAACGAUUUUUGAAUGUCAAAUGUUCUUUUACUAAAUGAACAGAGAAUGCACGGCUCACUCUGUUCAAAUUGAAGAAGAGCGCUGAUCAAAAUAUAAGUUCAGCACACAGCAGUGGCUUACCAUCUGAAGCCAACUUCACGAGUCACUCAACGAGGAGCUGCAAAGGCAGAAUACGCAGUCAUGUUGACUGUUCUGUUCACCAUUUUAAUGUUUGGUCAAGGGCUUUCAAUGGACAGUCGUGGGACUAGUUUCAUCACUGCAUUCCCUGAGAAUAUUGCUGUUUUUUAUAAAAAGACUACUAACCUACUGAAAAUCACCACCCUCCACCCAAACACUACAGUCAAUAUCACCUAUAUGGCGACUGGCAGCAUCAACACCACUAGAUACAUCAAAAAUGGGACCAUUCUGACAGUGACUUUAAAAAAGGACGCUGAAGAAUACCAUUUUGAUUCUUCCAAUAAGUCUGUUCAAAUCACUAGUGAUAAAAACAUCACAGUUCUUUCUGUGAGUGGAUGGCAGGAGAGAUUCCAGUCUCGUGUUGUCCAGCCUGAACAACAUCUCGGAACGGUAUAUCAGGUCCCUGCUCUGAAUUACACCAAGAUAGCCGCGUCCUUAAGUCUUUUAACGACGUCUGCGGUCAAAUUUCUCCCUUUCAGGCUGAUGAUUAUCAAUGCAGUAGACAGAAACAACAGUGUCACCAUCAAACAGGUUGACGAAAGAGGUCAGAGCCAGGCAGAUACAAUAACACUUGGUCCUUACAAUCUUUUCCAGAUUGAAAUUAAUGAGACAGUGAGAGAAAUAAAUUCAACGGCCAAAGUGGCCGUGCUCCUGACCCAUCCGUGUUUUGAAACGGUAAGCUGCUCAUGCAACAUGGUGGUGAACCAGCUCAAACCCUCAGCGUUUGACAAGAUUCCAGACACAUUCCUCGUGCCCUCUAUCUUCAGUGCCAAACAGCUACUUCUGACUACAAAUCAAUCCUGCAGUGUCUGUCAGGGUCUUACUAGUAAUUGUAUUUUGGUGCAAAAUUCUACAAUCUUGCCGUUAUACUGGAAUUUUAUUUCCACCACUGUGCAUGUUUCCCUCCAUUUGAUCAGUCCUGGACUCAUUCUAGACCUCAUUCCGACAAGCAUGUUCUCUGGCUGCUAUCUGUUAGGUUUUAAUUCUUUACGCAGUGGGGCUUUGGUGAUUGCUAAUACAUCCAGCACUGUUGGUGUGCGAUUAAAUGAUCAGCCUUUGCCUUCAACCAUCACAUGGAGCGUUAUUAAUGGCACAGAGUACUCUUGGGCUCUGGUGGAGGCGCAAGAGAUAGGCACUAUCUGGCAUCCUACCUCAAAGAUUGGUGUAUAUAUGAUAGAACGCUUGGAGUCCGACAGUAUCUAUGGGAGCCCAGCGAUUGCUAUUAAUAUGAACCCAGAUGGUAAUGGUUGUCUUGUGACUCCGGAGACAUUUUUACUUGGUCAAGAUGAAAUGAGCUGGUUCAUGUCCCGUCAGUACUGCUUGGAAAACGCUGAUCAGCUUGCCAGGGUCGUCGCUAACACCUCAGUGAGUAGGAUGGCUUUUAACACGACACUCCAAGAAUCCAAAGAGGGCUGGAUCGGUCUGCGGCGCAACCUGUACACAACAGAGUGGUACUGGAAAAACGAGGACGAUUUUCCAUCCACUGUGAAAUUCACUUACUGGGAGAGAGGACAUCCUGAAAAUCCUGAGAAAGGCUUGUGUGCCUCAAUUUCCUUGGAUCCCAGCAAGAAGUUCAAGUGGAAGAGCGCAGGCUGCUGUACUAAAAAGAAACCUGUUUGCUAUCUAUCCAUAAAAUAUUUCACUUACCGUGAUACUGUAACACCAUAAACAACUUGUGUCUCAAUUACAAUACUUAUAUCAACUCCAAAUAUAUUUUUAGCUUUCAGGACUGUAUGAAGAGUUCAGAUGCAAAAGCCUCUAAAUGCCAUUUGAAA